UGCUGGCGCUCUAUGUAAGGCCACGUGUCUAGGAAAAGGAAUGAGACCUACUCUGCAGGAGGGGAGCUCCGCGUGUAGAAAAAUAAUUGUAGGGUGCUUAAAUAUAGUCGUUCCCCAUAGGAUGCAUUAAGAAUAAAAAGGGCGAAUGGUUAGGGGUACAUGUAGGAGUCAAAGAAAGCUUCCUAGGGAAGGUAGCAGUUGAAAUUGUAGCUGGUGCGCAGGGAUGCUCUGGGGUUCCUAAACAGACCGUACUGGGGGCUCACAGCUGACAAAAUCCAAAGGCAGAAAACCUACUGGUGGUGAGACAAGAAAGGAAUUUAUUUCAGAGAGGCCAGCAUUGGGAAGACGGUGGACUAGCAUCUCAAAGACCGUCUCCAAAAUGCCAAAAAUACGUGCCAAAAAAAUGUGGGGCAAAGGAAAGCUUAGAUAUGCCAACAACAGCAAUUACAAAAAUGAUGUCAUGAUCAGAAAGGAGGCUUAUGUGCACAAGAGUGUAAUGGAGGAACUGAAGAGGAUUAUUGAUGACAGUGAAAUUACAAAAGAAGAUGAUGCAUUGUGGCCUCCCCCUGACAGAGUUGGCCGACAGGAGCUGGAAAUUGUAAUUGGAGAUGAACACAUUUCUUUUACCACAUCCAAAAUAGGUUCUCUUAUUGAUGUAAAUCAGUCAAAGGAUCCUGAAGGCCUUCGAGUAUUUUACUAUUUGGUGCAGGACCUGAAAUGUUUAGUUUUUAGUCUUAUUGGAUUACAUUUCAAGAUUAAACCAAUCUAAAUUGUA